AUGGCUCCCGAUUGUUCAAAAUCUGACCCCCCCUGCUUUAAAAACAAUUUUUUCUUGCGUGCUGGCCUUAUUCUCGUGGUCGAAGCUGGCCUAUUGUCCUUCAUUCUUCCGCUUUCACUUCUCAGUUAUUCUCUGAUACAAACAUACAAAAAGUAUCGUAGAAGGAACGACACACCAACAUCCAACGUUGAACCAGGUCUCCAGCCUAUAUCAGUUUUGUUUCUGUGCAGUGUUUUUGCGGACAUGCUCUGCGGACUAGGGCACGUUCUGUCCAUCAGGUGGGUACUCGAAGGUGAAGUUACCUCGGGCCCAUAUUGUACGGGACAGUCGGUUUUAAUGCAGAUCGGGAAUAAUGGCGUCGCUUGGUUUACUACGGCAAUUGCGGUAUUGACAUACCUUCAGGUCGUUCACCGGGACUUCUUAGGCAAAAACGGAGCAAGGGUUUUUGUAGUGGGAUGCAUUUGCUUUACAAUCGUAUUCGCCACGUUGGUCGUUGCGAUUCCUGCUUCGAUUAACCAUCCAUAUUAUGGCAAUGCUGGGUUGUGGUGUUGGAUCUCUGGCACAAAUGCUAGCCGCCAGAGGUUGCGGUUCGCUUCACAAUUUGUGUGGAUCUGGGUUGCGAUAACGGUUUCGAUCGCCGCAUAUGGUUGGGUAGCAUACAAGUGGCUACGUCAGGCGCCUUUUCGUGCUUACUAUGACCUUAGGCGGGCUGCGAUUGCGAUGGGAUGGUAUCCUAUUACUUAUCUUAUCGUCGCUACUCCUACGUCUGUGGCUCGUUUCCGUCAGUUCCAUGGCUAUAAGCCAACCCCUGGCAUGCGGAUCUUCCCCUAUGCCCUUGCUGCCUCACACGGGGCCAUCAACGUCAUUCUAUUCCUUUCGACUGGCAGGCGUUUCGGAUUCUCGCCUAAGAAAA